GUGCAUUUUGUUGAUGGGUGGCACAGUGCGCAUAUUUUGGUAACGUAGAUAUUUACUUUCCUCCAAGAGUGUGAUUUAAUAGUAUGGGGGAGCCCUACGAACCAACUGUAGGCGAGAAGUAACAUGAGGCUGACACCAAGACGUCUAAAGAGAUCACCUAAACUAUGCCGUUUCUGGCUUUCUGGCUUCUGGAGCAAUUGCUGUCUGUUUACAUCUCUGCCGGAUGAAUACAGAGUAUAAAUGCAAAAGAUAUUUCCACAAAAGAACAGUAGAUUAGUUGAUGCAUCAAAAAAGACCUUACAGAAGAAAACAUAACUAGUUAAUGAUGGCUGCAGAAAGUGGCAAACGCCAUAACCCGGUAGACAGCAUAUGCAGAAAGCUACGGACUAUAAGAAUGAGAGAUCAGGAAUCACAAAGUUCAUUACAGAUUCCCAAAUUUCAGUCAAAGAAUUUUGACACGCCACAGGACAAUCCAAGGAAAAAUCUUGAACUAAUGUUAAAGAACAGAACUAUAAGAAGUCAAGAGAAAUGCACAAGGCACUCUGGGAGACACGAGAAUGUCUGUGGAAUUCAGUCUCCAUCUUACGGCUUGGACUACAUGAAGACUAAGCGCUUUAACAGUCCUGCUGUCACAAUCACUGAAGAGGGCAUCAGACCAUUAAGAAUUCACAGGACUCAGAGCAGCUCUACACCAGUGUCUGGAAAGGAAGAAGCUUGUAAUUUCACCCCACUUAGAAUUCCAAAAACUGGAGAAGAAACUGAAGGCAGUGGCCAUCUUUUACAUACUCCAGCAAGUCCUGUCAAUUUUAUCAAUUUAAGUUUCAAUACAUCUUUACCAACAUGCUUGCCAACAGCAGAUUUUUCUACCCUUCGGUCGCCUGUGAUCAAAAGGCUUUCACUUGGUGAACCAACAAUUAAACCAGUUCUUCCAAAUAUGGUACAGGACUCUGCUGACGUAAGCUUGAUUUGUGAAGAAGACUUGUUGGAUACCAUCUUUCAUGCGUGUGAUGCAUCUCGCAGAGGAAAGGUGGCCGUGUCCAAGAUAGUAGACUACCUGAGGUACACCACCAGUAGAGGGUCAGAAGAUAGUGGCCUUGAAGAACUGUGCAACAUGUUGGAUCCUGCAGGGAAAGAUAUUUCCAUAGAUUUAGAUACUUAUCACGCUAUAAUGAAGGAAUGGAUUGAAGACUGCAGAAAGUCCAGUGAUGAAGAUGAUGAUGAGAGCACAACAAAGAGGACAGUUACCAAUCCUGUCAGUUCUGUUCCUGUAGUGCUUGGAAAUCCAGCACUUGCAAUAAAGAAAUCCAGUAUCUUGAAUAUAACCACAGGAAGCUUGGAAGCAUUUGGAGGAGAAGUGUCCAAAGGAGACCUGGAAACUUCAGAUUUAAUAACUUGUGUUGCUGACCUUCAGUUUAACACACACAAGUUGCAAGAAGAAAACGUCAAACUAAAGCUGGCACAGGAGGCCCUGGAAGAAUCUACCAACAAGCUGCUAGAAGAAAAUGAAGAACUCCGUGAUCAAAUUAAAUGUGUGCAGCACUCUGCUAUGAAAGCAAAGUCAAUGAAGGAAGACCUGGAGGAAAUGAAAUCAACGCUGUCUGGCUUAGAAGAACAAAAAGCCAAACUUGAAGAAGAAAAUAAACAUCUGGGAAAGGAGAAUCAAGCUUUAAUUUCCAAAAUCAGCUCCCUCCAACAAGAGAAUAGUAGAAAUAUGUUGGAUAUAGAUGACCUGCAGAAGAAAGUCCUAGAACUUUCUAACAAGAACACAGAGCUCCAGGAAAAACUCCAGGAAACUGUGUCUAUUGUUGCCAGCAAAGAAGCAACACUUCAAGAGAAAAACCUUCAUAUCGAAGAACUUAAAUCAACUAUCAGUGAAUAUUCCUCAAUACUGGAGAUCCUACGACUGGAAAAAAACAAAUUAAAGCUUAAUAUUCAGCUGCUGCAGCAGGAACUUGCAACAGCACGUCUGGAUUCCCCAGUCAUAUGUAAACCUAGCAACAGUAUCACAGGAGGAACAAACUCACUCCGCUCUGAGUUAGCAUUUGCACAACAAACUCCAGAGAGCAGCGUAAGUGAGUUGAUGUCCGUUUCAUCAAGUAACAUCUCAUACCUGGAUAACACAUUGGACAAAGAAGUUUUAAUGCUACUACAAGGACCAGGCCAGGAGCAAACAGAGGCCGAGUUCAAGGCUGUUCUUGCACAACUGUAUAUAAAGUUUUCAGAAGACUCUGAAUUUCUAGACGUUUGCUUACAACAAUUAGCAGAGACAAAUCAAUCCAAUCUAGGAAAGAAGCUUGAGUUAUUUAAGAAGCAGUUAAAAGAAAGAGAAGAAAUUUGGAGUCGUAACUUGCAGCUUCUUGAGCACCACAAGCAGUCCAUUGACAGGGAAUUCAUUAGAAUGGCUGGCAACUUGAGAAGAAGUAAAACUGAACACCUUAGAAUGAAGAAGGAACUGUCAUCCAGGAUGCAUGAGCUGGAAAAACAGAUGCUUUUGCAAGAAGAAACUGAAGUCAGAGUGACUGACCUUAACAAGAAACUGCAAGCGUUAGAGCAGCAGCUGCAAGACUCUAAAAGACAGGUUUGUGAUCAAGAUACAGCACUAGCUGCUACACUGGGACAAGCAGAGGGCUUACAACAGAAACUAAACAAAGCACUGUCUGAAACACAGAUCCUUCAAGUGGCAAAUAAGAAGUUAACUGAUACGUGCCACACUCUUCAUCAGAAAAAAGAGGAACAAGAAUGUACUAUUAAUGCACUCCGAGAGAAGCUGUUUAAAGCGUACAUCAGUGGACUAGUGUGUCAGGAGAACCUGAGCUGCAGUAAAGAAGUCCACUCUAAAGAUAUUUCUUGUAUCAUAGGACAGAAGCCUAUAUCUUUCCCUCUGAUCCUAACAAAACGAAGGUUUCCUUUUUGGAUCUCUCCACUAAUCGAUGCACUUUCCUUGGAAUCUCUGGAAUCCCCGUCAGUACUGUUGCCUUGGGAUACAGAAACCACAUCAUCAGAUACCAGUCUCCAAAACAAAAGCUGUGAAGUUAUUUGUGCUUCUACACAAACGGAUGCAGACCUUUCAGUUUCCACCAUGACAGACACUCGGGUUAUUAAGGAAGCUGCUUUUGAAAAGGGGUCAACUAUCAGUAAAGAAAAGUCCAGUAAGAAUGAUGCUUCCAUUCAAGUACAUGAUGCUGCACCUUCAGUCUCUGCAAAUUUAACAACUUCAGAUGUUUCUCUCUCACAAUGUCCAGGGACUAAAUUAACAGAAAGAAACUUGGCUGCUGAAAAAACCCUUAAGGAAAAUGAACAUAAGGUCCAGAAAGAUGUUUCUUCGGAUGAAUCUUCUAACAACGAUGAAACAAAAAGCAGAAGUGCAAAACUAACUGAAAUCAGUUUUUCUGCAGGUCAAAAGGAAGUAGAAAGUGAAUUUUUUCGAUUAUCAUUAGCCUUCAAGUGUGACACAUUUACAUUAGAGAAGAGAUUACAGCUUGAGGAACGUGCUCGGAACCUGGCCGAAGAAAAUUUAAAAAAGGAAUUUAACAACUGCUUACAGAUGGUGCAGCUGCUCUUACCCCAUUUGGAGAAGGAUUCCAAGGCAUAUGACACUGCUGUGGAUCUUGAGAAGAAGAUGAAGUCUCUCGAAAAUUUCUCAAACAGAGUGGCUAGCAGGUCAGAGAUGUUGGGAUCAAUUCACCAGGAGAAUCGCGUGAGCAAAUCUGUGGAGGUAAUGAUUCAGCAUGUAGAAAACCUGAAACGAAUGUACUCCAAGGAACAUGAAGAACUUGAGGAGCUGAAACAGGUCCUGUUACAGAAUGGCAAGUCAUUCCCAUUACCCUCAGAACAAGGUGACUCCUUCAGUAAGAAGUUGCCAGCAUCGCAAAACCCAUCAGCUAGACGAGUCAGUAUUGCUGUAAUACCACGUAACCCUGGAAAUGUCGGUUCAAACUUCGACCUACCCAAGAUUCAUGAAGUUAAAGGCAGUGAUGCUGCUGAUGGCAGACCUUGGAAAACACUCCGGACAAGAAAAACAGAAAGCCCUAUUCGGCCAACACUGAAGAGAGUUGUUAGCACUUUUGCAUGGGGAGAGAAUCAGCAGCAGACACUGAAAGAGAGUGCAAAAGAGGAAGAACACGCAGCAGAAUCUGCAAGAAAAGAGGAAGGUGGGGAACGCAAGUUAAGUCUAGUAGAGCAAGGAAAAGAAUUAAUAGCGCUACAUGUACAUACAGCUUGUGAUAGACCGCUGACUUAUGCCUUGGACAUGUGGAAUUCCUUCUCAAAGGACAAGAAGCUGUGGAUAACUAUUGCUAUGAUUGUUCUUGUAGCUUCCCUGAUCAACUUCUUCACGGCUUUAUUAUUUAAGAGUUCUGUGGAUGCUGCUUCUGUAGGAACUGGAGACUCAUGGAUGGCAGUGCAGAAGCUUCUGUGGCCCUAUACAGGACUUCGACACAAUGGCCAGCCACCUGUAUAAUGAAUAAUCUUUUAAAGGAAAUUAAAUGUAUAAUUGUUUUUAAAAAUACAUGGCAUAAUUCUUCUAUUAUGCUGCAUUGUUUGUUUUUCUGCAUAAAUUCUUAUUACCCAGAAACGGAUGUAGUUUAUGGCUAAAUCAAAUUAUUUAACAUCAUGACAUAAAUGGUCACAUCUUAAGAAACCUGAGAUUUUUAAGGAAUGGCACUUGACUUCCUGAUGGAAAGUUAUGUCUCUAAUGACAGAUUUCUUGAUCCAGUAAUGGAUUUUUUCCAUCCUCACGUUAUAGUGGAAGAAACAAAGUACUGUAAGUUAGAAGAUAUGAAAUCAUUGUACCUACAAAUUUAUUGCAGUUGGCAACAAAACAAAGUAUCAAAUGUGCUUGCAGUUUUUAUUUGAAUUUAUUUGUAAAAGAAGACUGUGGUAUCCUCAAAAGCAAACAUGACAUUUACUGUUUUAUGAUUUUGAGCUUAAUAAAAUGAUAUUAAUAUUU